UCAGCCUCAGUCACAUGAUUACAGAGUUACCGUUACGUUAAACACGGCUUCGGUUUUCUUCCCCUAAUUCGGUCUAGGUCGUUUUAUGCCCGCACACACACUCGAGCCGUUUGUAUGACCGGAGAAGCGGCAGAAGAACACCUCGAGACCGAGUUCCAACAUGGAGACUGGAUGUCGAACUGCUGUACUUUCGGUUAUCCUGUCCAUUGUUGUGUUUGUUAGAGUCUGUCGCAACAGCCUAGCAGAGAUUGACCCUGUGGUGGUGGAAGAGCUCCUACUCUGGGAGAAAGAAGGAAUGGGGGAGGUGAACACCUACAGAAUUCCCCUGCUCACCUCCACCCCCAAUGGAAACCUGCUGGCUAUUGUUGAGGCCAGGAAAAUGAAUUCGGAUGAUGCAGGGUCAAAGUUCAUCGCUCAGCGCCGGUCCACUGACAGAGGAGCCACUUGGUCCCCGAGCUCAUUUAUUAUUGACGAUGUUACAAGUCCGGAUGGUCUGAACCUGGGCUCUGUGGUGGUGGACCAUGAGAAGAAUGUGAUUUUUUUGAUCUACACCUUGUGCUUCCACUUCAACAAGUGCAGCACUUCCAGCGUCAUGAUGAUAGAGAGCAAGAAUGAUGGCCUGAGCUGGAGUGAACCCAGAAACCUCUCACUUCAGCUCGGGGUCGAGGCCUUUGCACCAGGACCAGGAUUUGGAAUCCAGAAGCGAUAUGAUCCAGGUAAAGGGAGGCUGGUGGUUUGUGGACAUGGAACAAUAGAAGACGACGGUGUUUUCUGCAUCCUCAGUGAUGACCAUGGAAUAACCUGGUACAAAGGUGAACCUCUCAGGAGCAUCCCCUACCACCACAAGAAGAAAACAUUGGAUUUCAUUCCGGAUGAACCACAGCUGGUUGAGAUGUUGGACGGCAGCAUCAUUGUCAAUGCACGGAACCAGUACAAGUACCACUGCAAAUGCCGUGUGAUUGUACGCAGCCUGGACGGUGGACUGACCCUGCCCAUAGAGGAGCUGUAUUUUGACGAAACACUUAUCGAUCCUUCAGUAGCAGCAGGACUUUUGCAGAAAGAGGGAGUGCUGUACUUCACCAAUCCUUCCAAUACAAACAGCAGAGAAAACCUAACCUUACGUUGGUCGCUGAACAACGGUGAGUCUUGGAAGAAUAAAACUGUGCAGAUUUGGCCGGGACCAAGUUGCUACUCUUGCAUCACAAGCAUGGACACCGGCUUCAUACAAGACAAGAAAUACAUAUAUGUCAUUUAUGAGAAGGGCCAGAAAAAUUGUGAUGAGACCAUCUCAUUUGUGAAGAUUCGCCUGUACGCAGGGCAUUAGAACAAUAAAGGGAAAUAAAAGUGCUGACGUUUGGUUCAGAUCACUGGGGAACUUGACACCGUGACUCGACAGAAGGUUGUGUUUGAUCGUCACUGUGAAAGGAACAUUUUGAAAAUGUGUUUGAUUUUUCUGUUUUUUAAAAUCCAAUCACAUAAAAUCAAGGUAUCAUCACUGCGAUGGUUUGUGAUGCUGAUACUUUGCCAAUUAUUUACACAGCACUAUUAUGAUUAUAUGAGUAUUGUCAAAAUAUUCCACAGGUCAAAUAAGAUACUUUUCUAAAGGGUGAAACCAAAUAUUCAUUACAUGUCAGCAUAAAUCUAUGGUUCUCCUUCAGCCUUAAGACAAAAAUAAAAAAAUUAUUUGACCAAA